AUGCAUGUUGCCAUUUCUCAAACUCCCAAACGCCAAUAUUUCAUUGUGACUGAUUUUUUCCGUGGAUUCAAAGCACGAGAAUAUUCCAUAUACGAUCAAACUGGCAAAAAUCUGCAAUAUAGAAUUGAAUCGAAAUAUCAUAUUCUUCAAUCGCUUGAAUUAGUUACUUAUCCAACAAAGAAGGUUAUUGGUAAACUUCAAGCUAAUUUAAGACUAUUAGUAUACAAAGGAAAUAUCGAAAUAUUUGAUGAUCAUACUCAACAAUGGUUAAAAGGUGUUAUUACUCAAAAUUUUCAAUUAUUUGGACAUAAUUGGACAAUAAAAUGGAAUGAUCGUUCGUUGUCAAUGGAAACUGAUCCCAUAUCACUGACUACAAAUUUUUUUGACAAACAACACGAUCGAAUUCUCUUGGCUAAAUUUCAAAUGAGAGUCCAAUCAUUUUUUUGGGUUAAUCAAUACGAUAUGGAAGUCUAUUCAAACGCGAUACCUGAUGGUGUUUAUCUGUUAAGUUUAGCUGCUAGAGAUCAUACUUUGCAAGCAGGCAAGAGGGGAUAA